AUGAGCGACAAUGAUAAGAAGGCUUAUGAUCUUGAGAAGAAAGCCUUUGCCAUUCUUACUCAAGCACUUCAUAGAGAUAUUUAUCAUCAAUUCGCCUAUUGUACCACUAUAAAGAAUUUGUGGGAUGUCUUGGUAGCUAGAGGAGAAGGGAAUGCAGCAACAAGAAAGAUCCGGCAUGGUCUUUUGAAGAAAGAGUUUGAAGAAUUUUUGUUCAUUGAAAAUGAAACACUAAACAACAUGGCUACUCGGUUCAGUCAUCUGCUUAGUGAGAUGCACUCAUACCAGGUUAAUGCAACACAACAAGAGAUGAUCCAGCGGUUUGCUGAUGCUUUACCACCAAAAUGGAGUCAAUUCAUUGACUUGCUAAAGCAUACCGGCGUUCUAGAUACACUCACUAUUUAA